AUGGCGACUAGAGGUAGCAGAUCGGAGAAGGUAAAGAGGAUCUUCCAGCAAUUCGAUUUGAACAGAGAUGGUGGUCUUAAUAGAGAAGAAAUGUCCGCCCUUGUUGUUGCUGUUAACCCUAGAGUUAGAUUUAGCGAUGAGCAAAUUAGUGCCAUCCUCGACGAGGUUUUCCGUACGUACAGCGAUUUCAUCGACACUGAUAAAGGGCUUACUUACGACGGCCUGUUACGAACCUAUGACGACGGCGCCGGGGACGUCGACCGUGAUUUUGAAGCAUUAGCGCUUGAACUGAAGUCCAACGAUGAUAACGAUAACAGCAAUAACAACAAUGAACCCGCAUCUUCAAUGGCGUUCGAAGAAGCUUCCACAUCGUUGGUUGUCGAUGAGAGAGUAAAGUCACCGGAGCCGCAGAAGCAACAUCGAACGGCGACAUGGGCCGCGUCGCCAAACCACGGGAUUAUCUUCGACGACACAUGGAAACUCGUCGACGAUUUAGAAAUUCUGAUAAAGCGGUUAAAGACGAAGCAAAUGAAAGAUUUAAAAACCAAAGGCGAACAUUCCGAUGCCUUUUCCGAUCCAGGGUGGUCUAGAGAGCUUGGUCCAUCCAUGGAGAUGAACAAACAGAUCAUUUGGGACGAAACCAGACACGAUUACACCAUUUUCGUCAAAGAAUUAGGGGUUUUAAGAUCUAGAGCAGACGGGUCAAGAUCAAGAGAAGAAGCAUUCGAUGGACAUAUGGCAAUCGGUCGUCUUCUCUACGAUCAACAGUUAUUCAAAGAAGCCCUGGUAUGUUUCAAAAGAGCCUGCGAACUACAACCCACCGACGUCAGACCCCAUUUCCGGGCCGGAAACUGUUAUUACGUUCUCGAUCAACAAACUGAGUCAAAAGAAGAGUUCAUAUUAGCGUUAGAUGCAGCCGAAGCAGGAGCAUUACAGAGAAGCCGCCAUUCUUUGCCCUACUCAUUUUUUCGAGCUUUGAAGCUUCUGGGUAGUGCUCUAUUCGGUGCCGGAGAGUAUAAAGCCGCCGUGAAAGCCUUAGAGGAGGCGAUUUAUCUAAAAAACGAUUAUCCCGAUGCACAUUGUGACCUUGCUUCAGCUCUACACGCAAUGGGUAAUGAUGAUAAUGCUGUUAAAGAGUUUCAGAAAGCCAUUGAUUUGAAACCUGGACACGUGGAUGCUUUGUAUAACUUGGGUGGUCUUUAUAUGGACAUGGGCCGAUAUCAAAGAGCUUCAGAGGUUUACACUCGGGUUUUAGGGUUAUGGCCUAACCAUUGGCGAGCUCAGGUGAACAAAGCGGUGUCUUUAUUAGGCGCCGGUGAAACUGAAGAAGCUAAAAAAUCGUUAAAAGAGGCUUUGAAGAUGACUAGUAGAGUUGAGUUACAUGAUGCCCUUUCUCACUUGAAGCAACUUCAAAAGAAGAAAGGAAACGGAAACGGAAACCGGAAUGGAAUCGGUGAGGAUGCGUUUAUCGUCAUCGAACCAUCAAAAUUCAAAACUUUAGGUGAAAAAACGACAUUAAGGCAAGAAUUAGCAACGGCUCUUGAAAUUCGGUCUUUUCAGAGGGUUACACGGCUAUUCCGGUGUGAUGUUGAGCUUUUAAAGAAGGAAAUGAACGAUUCCAAGACCCCGUUAACGUAUUCCGGUUACGGUGUUCCGGAGAAGUCUAUACGAAAGGCGGCAUUGGAAUCCAUUCUUCGAAGACUACUUGGUUUCUUGAAACCCGAAACUUUUGUAGGAUCCGUCAAGGCGAUUAAUUUAAAAAUCCUUUCCGUUCUUGACGAAUCGGAAUCCGGAAGGGUCGAUUUGGGAAUGUUUUUCGCGGUUCUAGCUCCGAUUUGUGGUGGUUCGCCGGAAAACGAAAAAGGGUAG